AUGGUUGCCAGUUGUUCCGUAGUCAGCUUGUUCUGCUUUGAUCAUGUUGAAGCUGAUGCGUGGAAUAGUGGGAUUACAUACCAUGAGAAGCUGCGUCUCCUUUCACCAUAUUUGUCAUCUCUAGACAGUAUAAACAUGUCAGCUGUGAACAUGUCCACCAUGAGAUUUCCAAGAGCUUCCUUGUCUGGAACUGUGCCUGCUAGGAGAUCUUGUGCUCUUAUUAAGAGUCCAUCAUCUUUUAGUUCUGUGAAAAAUGUGUCCAAAGUAUUUGGAUUGAAAUCAUCAUCCUUUAAAGUGUCAGCAAUGGCAGUAUAUAAAGUGAAACUGGUUGGACCAGAUGGUGUAGAGCAUGAAUUUGAAGCCCCUGAUGACAGUUACAUUCUGGAUUCUGCUGAAAGUGCUGGAGUGGAGCUACCAUACUCAUGCAGAGCUGGAGCCUGCUCUACUUGUGCUGGCAAACUGGUUUCAGGUGCUGUGGAUCAGUCAGACCAAUCAUUUCUUGAAGAAAAGCAAAUGGAGAAUGGUUACCUUCUCACAUGUGUCUCAUACCCAACAUCAGAUUGUGUGAUUCACACCCACAAGGAGGAAGAACUCUGCUAA